GAAAAAGGAAAAUAAAGGAAAGAAAUGAAAGCAAAGCCCUAUCCAUCUUCUCAUUUAUCUCUCCCUAUGUAACAACCCCUCCCUCGGUUAUCAGAUUUGGGCCAAUUUACACGCAAAUCACAACCACAUCUCGUGUCCCCGUACUUGUGAUUGCAGAUCACAUUAUCCAACUCUGUAGCUAGCGGAUUUCUUCAACAAUCAAAUCAAGACCAUAAGGUAAUUAUUUUGUAACCAAGGCAUAUUAAGGAUUUGCAAGAAUUAAGGUUAUGGAGCUGAAUUCCAUCAAAGAUGCAUUUGAUCGUGUUACAAAGAAGCAAAAGAUAUCAUCCUCUAAAUCCCAGGAGGCCAUCGAACAGAUCAACCAAGAAAUCAAGCAUGCAUUAUCAGGAUUACAAUCAGCAACGAAUGGUACUUCUGAUCACAACUUGAUCCUUAGUGAACUGAAAGCAAAGUUGAAGGAGAUAGCUCCACUUGGUCAGAUGGAAGGCACCCAAAAGGAACUAAAUCUUGCUUUGACCAAGUACACAAAGCUUCUCGAGAAACAAUUCAAUUCUGAUAUAUCAAAGUCUUAUAGGAACGUUGACUUUGACUUCCACUUAGUCAACCAAAUUAUUGCCAGCCACUUCUACCGCGAAGGCCUGUUUGAUAUUGGGGAUUGCUUUGCAAAUGAAUCCCAUGAAGAAACCAUCAUUGACAGGAAAACUCACUUUUUAGAGAUGUAUCAAAUACUUGAAUCCAUGAAGUCUCGAGACUUGGGUCCCGCUUUGAAUUGGGCCACCACUAACCACGAGAAGCUCCAACAGAAGGGGUCCGACAUUCAAAUGAAACUCCACCGUUUGCAGUUCAUGGAGAUUCUUCAACAUGGACACAGAGACGAAGCUCUCCAAUAUGCCAGAAAGUAUUUCUCCCUUUUUGCUAACCAACAUUUGCCUGAAAUCCAGAAACUAAUGGGAUGUCUUUUAUGGGCUGGAAAGCUCGAGUCAUCUCCAUACCCCGAGCUUCUAUCACCGACCCAUUGGGCCAAGCUGGCCCACGAGUUGGCCCAACAGUUCUGCAAUCUCUUGGGCGAGUCGUAUCAAAGCCCAUUGAGCGUGACAGUAGCAGCUGGAGCUCAAGGGUUACCAACUCUAUUGAAACUGAUGAAUGUGAUGAUAGGAAAAAAGCACGAAUGGCAGUCUAUGAAGCAGUUACCCGUACCUGUAGAUUUGGAUAAAGAAUUUCAGUUUCACUCGAUAUUUGUGUGUCCUGUUAGCCGUGAUCAAGCGAGCGAAGAUAACCCUCCGAUGCUGAUGUCAUGCGGUCAUGUGCUUUGCAAACAGUCAAUAACUAAGUUGUCGAAAAACAACAGCACAAGGCCUUUUAAGUGUCCAUAUUGCCCUACAGAGGUUGAAGUGGGUCAAUGCAGGCAGUUGUAUUUUUAAUAUGGAUUGUCGGUUGUACCUUUUCUUGUAUUAAGGCACUGUUCCUUUUCCUUUGUUUUCAUAAGUUAUGUUUGUGUAAUGUUAUGCAGUUAGGGGAUGGGAUGGCUGUUGAAGUUAAGCUGUUGGUGAUGUACUUUUUACAUAAUUGCAUGUAUAUAGAAAUUCUUUCUACUUGCUACAA